UAUUUCGCAUCUUAAAACUGAUAUGAAUCUUGACGAUUCUGUUUCAGAUAUUGAUGAAUGUCAGAUAUUUGGAACAUGUUCCCAUGAGUGUCACAACACAAAGGGAAGUUUUGAAUGUUUUUGUGCCGAAGGUUUCAUACGAGAGAGUCAUGCAUGCCGAGCAGAUGGCAGUUUUCCAUACCUAAUUAUCCCAGAUGAUAAUGAACUGCGACAAAUUGAUACUGGGGGACAGUCUAGUUAUUCUUCAAUGUAUGUGGGAGGCACUGGUACAAGAAUUGACAGCAUUGAUGUCCAUUUUGGUCAUAGAACACUUUUUUGGACAAAUAGCCAUGAUAAGACAAUAAAUCGACGCAGUCUCAGUCAACAGAUGAGUAGUCAACGCCGUAAGCGAGAUGCAUCAGAAGAAGCUAUU